AUGAAUCAGUUAAGAAGAAAAUCAUCGUUCACAGUGCCAAUUAAAGAUGUUUCAUUAUCUCAGAUGUUGGAGAGAAACGAAGCAAGUCAAGAAACUGGAUUUACGAUUCCAGAAGCUCCUUCACAACCUUGUAAAAAUUUAACUAAUGAAGGAGAUGUGACUUUAUCGCAAAUUAUCGGCAAGCGACCAUAUCCAAAAUUCACUGCACCAGUUUUGAAUAAAGAGAUGAAUGACAAGAGUGAUUAUUCGGUAUUUAGUCAGAAAGAUCUCAGCUUAUCUCAAAUGUUAGCAUCACCUCCAAGAAGAUCUCAAUCAUUGAGAGUGUCCCAAGCUAUUAAAACUCAACAGAAUAAACCUUAUGAUUCACAAUAUCAUGGUUCUGGGUCCACAACUCAAAUGACAUUGUUUAAAAGCCAUGAAGAUAGAGAGAAUAAAAUGAAUGAAGGAAUGAAUAAGACACCAGCCUGUUUUAAACCUCGAAAUAACGAUCAUGUUUAUACACCUGCCUUAUUACAAUUACCAGGUAAUGUGGCCAAACUGAGAUCAGUAGAGGAAAUACGUAUCCUUUGA